AUUAUUGCGUUAAAGCUCCGUAGCACGUGAAAAUGUUUUUGUAAAGCGUUAAAUUCCAGGUUAACAGGGAGAAUGUGAAACUGAGAAACUGGUAGUGAUAGGACAACUGUGAGCUGAACCUGCCCAAAGGCUAGAUGUAAAUCAUGGAAGGAACUGUAACAACAGUAGGACUUAAUGAGGAACCAGAGUGGUGCGAAGGUUGCCAGGCUCUACGUAGGGAAUUGACACAGCUACAGAGUGAACAUGAGUUGAAUUAUACCACUUUAAAACAGAAGAUAAUCUCUACAGAUUUGCUGAUCAAGAAGUUCAGUUCCAAGUGUCAAGAGUAUGAGGCUCAGGGCAGAAAGCUGGAAGAGGUCUCCAAGUUACUGGAGACAUAUCAAAGAGACUGUGGCAGCCUGGAAGCCAGACUGAUGACUUCAUUACAGGAACUGGAGCCACUGAAAGAGGCUAGGACAAGGCUGGAGAAAAGUAAAGCAAAACUGGAGAAAGAAGUUCAGAAUCUGCGAGACAAAUUAUCAGCUGCUGAGGUUACAUGUAGGCAGUUCUCCCAAGCAAACGAAGAGUUGAUGAAACAACAGAAAGGGGCAGCUGAGGGAGACCAAAAAACCACCAAUAAGAAAAUCCAGAUUUUGGAAUCAAGCAUUAAGAAGAAAGAUGAGACCAUAAGCAAGAUAAAAGGCGAGAGCAGCAGCCUGAGAAGUGCCCUGGCUAAGGAAAGAAGUGCUCACAAACGGCUGUCGCAGUCCUACGAGAAAAACAAGAUUAAGCUGGAGCAUUAUUACCAGAUUCUCAGGGAAAACGGGUUGAUUCCCAGGCAGACCAAGGACAGAGGAGGAGGAGAUGAUGACAGACCAGUAGGAGACACUUUGCCUGUGGAUGAUGACACAGACAAGGAGCAGUCAUCUUCAGCCAGCACCAAGCCACUGCCCUUGCCAGGUCCAGUAAAACCAGCUAUGGGAUCAUCAGUGGAACUGAAAAACCCUAAGACCAAAAAUAUUUCAAAAGCUCCUCUUGUACCACCUGUACCUUUACCAGUGCUGCCAUCUACCGGAGAGCAUGUGGUGCCAGCUAUGGCGAAAAAAGACGAGGAUGCAGAUGAUGAAGAGAUGGAGUCAUUUUUCUUCAGUCUGAUGCCUCCAAUAUCUCCACUUCCUGGAUCUCCUUGUGUAAUGGGUCCAGUGGGUCAUAUCUCUACUUUAGACUCCAGCUCAGAUGAUGAGAGUUAUGGUGAAGAGAAUUGUGAUGGAGGCAGCGAGAGUGAAUCCUUAGCUGAAAUUGCCAGCAAGAUAGAAACUGAGUUCAAAGACACUCUGAAAAAUUCUCCUUGUCGACCAACCCCACUUCAGUUAUCUUCACCACCAAAUCACCACCUCCGACGGUCACCUAGGCUACAGUCUCCUCAACAACAGUCUCCUAGGCAACUGUCUCCAAGGAAACCUGGUCCACGUAGACUGGGUAGUUUGGUGAAGUUGCUAGGCAGCAGCAUGGAGUCUUCCAUUGAAAGUCCAGCAGUAAUGAGUAGCAGUGCCCCAUUUCCCUUUGCUCAUUAUACUGAGGGGGAGGUACCUGUUAAGGUAACUGCUUCUCAGAGCCUUGCCACCGAGGAAAAGGUUCUGCAGGAGGAUUUGAUGGUCUCAUCGUCCUCGUCUGAUGAGGAGGAUGAGAUCGAGGAUUCUGCCACAGGAUGCAAAGUGGACGAUGUUCCUCAGAAUGAGAAUGUUAAAGAGGAUGUGGAUGUGACAGUGGAUGAUAAAAGUGCAGUUGCAAAAAGCAUGGAUACUGAUUGUGUUGAUAAUUCUGUGAAAGAACAUUGUGGAAAAGAAACCUCCAAAUUUGGUGAUGGUGAUGAAGAAAGUAUUAUGAAAAAAGAGUACAGUAUUGAUAAACAUGACAAAAUAGGCCCAAGUAUGAAAAACACUGAAAAAACAACAGAGAAAAUGUUGAAUAAAACAAUAAAUAGACCUCUUUCUUCAUCUCCAACAAAAAUCCUGAGGACUAAAAGGAAGCACAGCGUAACUGAGGUUGAAAAAGAUACCAUUAACAAAGUUUCAGCACUCUCAGACUCAGAAUCCGAUGUUAGUGAACACAGCACAUUUUCCCGGACACCAGAUGGAAAUAUUAAAAGAAUCACCAGACAGUCCUCAAAGUCUGAAGAAGCGGAAGACAUUGAUCAGCACACCAGUAGAGGGCGCAGGAGAACAAGAAGUACCUGCAGUAGUAGCAGCAGUGUGGACCUCUUCAAAGAACCUGUGCAACCUGUGAAAAAGGGAAAGUUGUUGCAAAGUGUGGACAAAGAGUCCACAUCACCUGUUACACCAACAAGGCGUUGUACAAGAUCAUCUGAAAGUCAUAGUCAAGAUGAAGAUUCUCUACCAGUUAAUAACCCUUCUAUAAGACAGACCAGAACAAGGGCAAAAUCUGAGAGUGAAAACCCUAACCAGAAUUCUUUAAUGUCAGAUACACCCACUUUGAGUCUUACCGGGUUAGAAACAAGAGUUGAAUCCCAUGGUAAAGAAACUGUGCCUCGAAUUACCACCAGAAAACCUCUUACAAGGUCAGCGAAGGCUUUUGAAUCUCAGAGCGAUAAUGAGGUUAUAAUGAGGAAAGAAGCAAGGGUAGGAACAAGGAGAAUAACUAGGUCAAUGAGUGCACCAGAAGAUGGUGCUAAUACAUCUCCAUUAAAAGAAUUAAUUGACGCAAACAGUGUAUCGCUCUUUGUAGACAAAAGUGCCAAAGUGUUGGAUAGUUUUGGAACUGAAAAGGAGAUAAUUCCAACAUCUGAGAGCAAUGUAGCAAUGAGGUUGAGGAAAAGACCAUUGGUGUCAACUGCAAGUAAGGAAGAUGAAGACGUCAUACCAAAGCGCAGGUUGAGAUCACAUGACAAACUCAGCCAAUCAGAUGAUGAUCUGAAAAGUUUUAAGGUGGAUAAAGAUCCAUUAUUGAUGAAACCUCUUAGACAUAACACUGACUCUGAAAGUGCAAUAGUAAGUAAUAACUUGGACAAAAAAGGCCAUGGCGAUGAUAAGAAAUUGACAGUUUUGGACAAUACUGAAAAGACAGAAAAAGCAAUUACAUUGAGAAAUGGUUCCAUGGAGUCUCCAGCUAAGAAGUUGAAAACUCUCCACAGGCAGGCCAGUGUAGGUGAUCCAGUUCCAAAAUCUGAAUCAGCAGAGGUAAUGGCUGCAGAAAAGGCCACAUCUGACCACCAGGGGGCCCCACCAGGCAAGGAAGCAGAAUCAGACAAACGGUUUUUAUCAGCAGAAAAGACAGACUUAAUUUCUGAGGAUUUAUUGAAGUCUCGUAGAAUGACAAGGACACAAAUAAAAACCAUAGAGAAGACAAAGUCAAGGCACCAAACUGUGAAUAGAAGUGAAGGAUCUUACUCUAUUUUACAAGGUGAUGAAGAUUCCAACAAACAGUCCAUGAGAGAUGUUGGUGGUUCACAUGAUGAUGAUAUAUCAAAACCAGAAACUGGAUUGAAUACCAAAACUACUGAUUCAGAUCCUAAUUCAGAAACUGUUCAAGCUGUUACACUUUCAAGCAGUUUAACUUCUCUCUGCUCCCAGGCUGUUGGCAUGGCAAGUUCUGUUAUUCAGAAGUUAACCUACGUCCCUUCAACUACUGGCCAGGUCUUUCAACAGCCACCUUCCAUAGUUCGGGUCAGUCAGUCCGCAGUGACUGUGGUAUCCCCAGAGACCAGCGGUAUUCCGGCCACGGGGUCAUUGGUGUCCAGUAGGUCCAGCACCCCCAGUGUGGCAUCCUCGGUGUCGGUGUCACAUAUCUCUGCUGGCAGAGACUCUCCAGUGUCACCAUUACAUGGGUCACCAAUUCACAUGUCACCCGUGGCAGAGAGAAUGUCACCAGUGCAGAGUGACAGGGAGGGGGAGAGGGAGGAGAUUUCACCUCUUUCACCACUUCCACCAUCUCCUACUCAACAGGGGGAGCCACUGUCCCCACUUCCUUCUUCACCUACAAACAAUCCUGUGGAUGCACCUCAACUGUCUGCCAUGUUGGAUCCCCCAUCUACAGGUACAGAACCAGAAAGACCAGCGUCAGUAUCGAGUCAGGACAAUUUGGAGGCUUUCAUGCGUUCUUUGAGAGAACCCUUGCUGUCGCCACUCCGCAGUGCACUGACACCGCUCCCGGUGCCGAUUUCACCACUGCCACAGACGCCAAAACCACACAGAUUGGUGGCAGGGAGGAAAAGCCAGGUGCACAAGUCGCCCUGUAAUUUUCACUCUCAGGUCCCCCCUGGGGCUGUACAGGUGAAACCCAAACAUCCUGAAACUCUGCCACAGCAGACGUCUAACACAAAUGACUCGUGUAGAGAUAAAACAAAGAUUAUUUUAACAGAAAUGGGAAGUGGUGCAAUGAGCUCCCAGGCAGCAGCUCUGCAGAUUUUGAGGAACCAGUCAAAGUCUCAAGAAACUGAACGCUGCAAGGAUGCUCUAAGAUCAACCAAUCAAGGACAUGUUCAAGCAAACCGAAAAAUGUCUGAUUUGAGAUCCAGGUUAAAGCAGAUGAACAAGGACAGCCAUGCUUUCAAACCCCGAGUGCAGCAUACGUCUGCCAUGUUGGACCCCAAAACUGAUAUGCCUGGACAAUCAGGGUCAUCAUCUUUUGGAGGUCAAGGUCAUGAGUUGAGGUCAAAUGGGCCACAAGUGUCUGUAAGUGAUAAUGCACAGAUAGAGGCAGUGGAAGACGGAACAGAUUGCUUGGGAAAGAAUAAGAGAAAAAAACGUAAGGCAAAGCAAAGGAAAAAGAAAGUAAAUGAUCUGGCAGCAGGUGAUGGGGACAAAGCAGAAGAGAUUUCAGUGGAACCUAAGACCACAAAGCCAGAGGCAGGUUCUCAAAAACUUUCUGAACUGCAAGAAAAAGUGGUGCCACAUAAACCCAAAGUGCUGCAGAGACACGAAACACAGAAGCAAUUAGAAGUAACAGUCCAGGAGUGUUUUACAUGCUACCUGAAGAUUAAGAAACCCAACAAAAGAGCAGACAUUAUCUGUCAGGACAUCCUUUCCUCUCUGCGCUCACCACAUAUUCUGGCAGAUGUACUGUUGAAGGCCACACUUACAUGGGGGGCUGCCAGUUUUACUGCAAGGGCAAUGAUUGACAGGUUACUAAAGCUCCUAGAGAAAAAAGAGUCUGACAUGACAUCCCAGCUUUAUGGCCAUUGUGUCUUGGGAAGACCUCCAACUGAGCCUGUCUUGGCCACCUAUGAACAGAGAACUCUCGAGCUGCUGUCGGUGCUGCAUAAAAAAGACAACAUGAAUGACCUUCUUGGCCAUGUGUCCAGCCUGGUAUUGAAGGUGCUAAUGUCAAAGAGUGGUCUCAGUCUGUCACAGAGACUAGGGCUAGUCCGGGUAUACACUGCGCUGUGUCGUAUGCAAGGUAAUGUGGAGUCUGCCAGAGUCUGGCUGUACUGGUGUAUGUAUAACAACACCCCAGGGUUCAGUACUGUGGCAGUGACCAUGGCUGGAGUUUGGCCACACUUGCUCACCAAGGCAGAGAGAG